CAGGAACUGAAUAUAUUGUAACAUCGGUCAGCCGUCCAUCCGCCUCGACGCAGAUAGUCAUGAAAGUAUCGAUAUUAUCCGUUCAGAGUUAAAGGGCAUAAGAAAUCGCUGCAGUUCGUGUGCUUUUGAAGGGACCAGGCGCGCGCCGGUGUGAGAUGGAGAAUUCCAGAGAGUCUAACUGUACGCUGAAGUCGGAUAUGAGCACAGAGGUGCUUCCGUACUGCUGCUCAGCCUGUGAAGGCGGUGAGGAGCCGUGCCAUGGAAAAGUUUUGCGGACCAGAACUAAAGCCAGGAGCAUGUCGACACCACCAGCGCCAAGCUCUGCCAAGUACAGGAGGAAGCAGUCUCUACAUGGACCAAGCCCUGUCACCACAUUUGGGCCUAAAGCUUGCAUGCUGAAGAACCCUAAAGCUGUCAUGCAUAUUCAAGAUCCAGCCAGUCAGAGGUUGACAUGGAAUAAACCACCUAAAAGUGUCCUUGUUAUUAAGAAAAUCAGAGAUGCCAGUCUGCUGCAACCUUUUAAAGAGCUGUGCUUCUUCCUUGCACAGCAAAAAAAUAUGAUUGUUUACAUGGAGAGGAAAGCCCUUGAAGAUCCUGCCAUUGCUAAUGAUGACAGUUUUGUCUCAGUCAACAAAAACUUUUGCACUUUUAGAGAAGAUUAUGAUGAUAUUUCCAACCUUGUAGACUUCAUCAUUUGUUUGGGUGGAGAUGGGACCUUGCUCUAUGCUUCCUCUCUCUUCCAGGAGAGUGUGCCUCCUGUCAUGGCCUUCCAUUUGGGUUCUCUGGGCUUUCUCACACCAUUUAACUUCGACACAUACCAGUCUCAGGUCACACAGGUCAUUGAAGGUAAUGCUGCGAUCAUUCUGCGCAGUCGUCUGAAAGUGAAGGUGGUGAAAGAGUGUAGAGAGAAGAAGAGGGGAGCCGUGGAUGUGAAGAGUUUGAUUAUCACGAAUGGAGACACUGAACCCAACCAAAAAAUGAUGCAAUAUCAAGUGCUGAAUGAAGUUGUGGUGGACAGAGGUCCAUCCUCAUACCUCUCUAAUGUCGACCUGUUCCUGGAUGGUCACCUGAUCACCACUGUUCAAGGAGAUGGUGUGAUAGUGUCCACGCCCACAGGCAGCACUGCAUACGCUGUAGCAGCAGGUGCCUCAAUGAUCCACCCGAAUGUUCCAGCCAUCAUGAUCACACCCAUCUGUCCACACUCGCUCUCAUUCAGACCCAUCGUUGUGCCCGCGGGCGUCGAGCUCAAGAUCAUGCUGUCCCGUGAUGCCAGAAACACAGCCUGGGUGUCUCUCGAUGGCAGGAAACGGCAGGAAAUUGCACAUGGGGACAGUAUUACCAUCACUACGUCCUGUUUCCCUGUUCCUUCCAUCUGUUUCCGUGAUCCGGUGAAUGAUUGGUUCGAGAGUCUGUCUCAAUGUUUACACUGGAAUGUUCGUAAGAAACAGAGUCAUCUGAGUUCAGAAGAGGAGUUCUGAGCGCAUUCAUACUCAUGCUUUCCAACACUAUUACUCAAAUGAUGUCCUUCCUUUUUUUUUUAAGUUGCAGUGCUGUAUUUUCUCUGUUUGUCAUAAUCCUCCAGUGGUCAGGACUCUUCAGGAAUCUUACGAAAACAAGUCCAGGUCACAUUUCACCCAAAAAUCAAAUAUAUAUAUAUUUUAUUAUUUUCCCCGUAUCACAGUCAUAAAUAGUCAUAAAUGGAAAAAAGAAACCGAAAAAAAUAAAAUAAUAAUAAUAAUAUAUAUAUAUAUAUAUUGUACCUAAAAACAAGCCUUAUUUCUGUGCAAAAUCAAAAGUUGUAUCUUUUUCUUUGGAUUUUGAAGUGAAAUAUGAGCCGGAUGUGUUCUUGACAAGUUUCGUGACAUUCACAGUUUUACCGCUAUCAGUUCCAUCCUAAUGUUGUGUAAAGUACCAUGCAUUAUCAGUUCUGGGCAAACGAGAUCGUUUGAAGGAUUGUAGCAAUAAGUGAAUUUCAAUAGAUUGUGCCUUAUAUCAUGUAAAGCAUCGCAUCAAAAUCUAGUCAUUUAGAAUGUAUUGCAUCGUACAUCUCGUGAUGGAUGUAUUCGUAUCUAAGCUUGAAUAUUCUUAAUGUUUCAGAAAUCACUGUAUUCUUUGCAUUGUUGUUUUACGGGUCAACAAGCAAUCUCUUUAACAACGAGUUUGAAUUUCUCCAUUCCAGGUUCAAAAGGACCAUAAUGUUUUUUCUUUGUUUCCCAGUUUUAGACAACUUUUGCUUUAUUAUUGUUCUUAAUAUUCAAGACGGUAAUGAAACUUUGGUUUCACUCUGACAUUGGUAUCUUCCAAGUCCUGGUGCAGUUUUUGUUUCGAUGGUGAGAAGUGGUCAGACCUUUACAUGAAUUCAGCAAAUUGUGGUUUUAAGUGCCCUUCACAAGAAUAAAUGCUGUGCCUCUAAUACAAUCUAAAGAGGAAGGGUCAAAUCUGAGAUGGGAUUUUGACAGACAGGUAAUGGACAAAAGAACCGAAACACUGUUUAGCUUUGAAGUGAAUGCAUAACAAUUACAAAUGCAGAUUAGCAACCGCUCGUGUCAGCCAUAAAAGAGUCAUUUGAUAAAUGUGCUUUCAAAGCAAUCAGUAUUAUGUAACAGACAUCCUGAAUCACAAGUGCAUCAAUUAUAAAACCAUGAAAUGAUUUCAUCCGCCAGGUGGAACCGAUGCAAAAACAUAAUGAGUACCUACGAGACAUCAGAGGGACAAUUGUUGCAAGCAAAAGCUCAUCUACAGAUCCUCUUCUGGAAAUGUGCUUGGUGCUUUGCAAAUACCUCCUCAAAUCUACCACAGAUAGAAUGCACAAAAAGAAGACAAAUGCACACUGUGAGUUUUACAAAGCUAGAAUCAGUGACAGACCUGUUACAUAGAAAGUUCAGUGAAGAACAAUGCACACUGUUGCAUAAGGUGGAGAAAACCCUGGACCUUCCUCAAUCAUAAGAUGCAAAGAUUGAACUUUAAUUAGAAGUUCAGUAGAUUUCCACCUCUGCAAGUGUGACAUCACUACUUUAUUCUUUCACAGUCAUUUCUAGAGUUCCUGAAGCUGAUUUAAAGCACAGUGAUGAUGUUAAUAUAUUAGGUCUUUCUGUAAUUUUGUCCAUUUGCUGUUAUCAUUAACAGGUAUAGUUUAUGUUCAGCAGGUGCUUUUUUUUUUCUUCUCAUGGCCUUUGUGUGUAACAUGUAAGAACGCAGUUGCAGCGUAAAGUUAUUGUAUGAAAUUGGUUUGAAAAUCAAUCAUAUGGUCAUAGGGAUCUUUUCUAUUUACUUUCUUAGACAUUUUUUACAUGUAAUAUAUGAAGUUUGUCAUUUAAACAUGAUCUAAUCUGAACUACAUCAAACUAAAACCAAAUGAUUGGUUAAACAAGGUGUUUUUCUAAAAGCCGAUUUGAUAUAAAUGUAAGAUAUUUCUAUGAGAAAAUAAGAACAAGGGAUUUUGUAAUAAACAGCUCUGUGAUUUGCUAAUGAGGCCUAAAAUACAGAUGCAUUGUCACUAACAUGAACCUCUCAGUCAGUUUACAGGUCUGACUUCUGCUUCUGUGUUUUAUCACAUCCUGUCAGAUUUUUUAAUUAUUGUUAUAUAUUAAAAUGAACUUUUUCAAAGUAAAACUAAGUAUAAAAUAAAUGUCUC